AUGGCUCAAACACGUGCACCACGGCCUCGCUCGACAAACCCUUCGCCGGCCACGUCAACAUAUGGAUACCACAACACCUACCACACCCACGCCCAACUGCCCAUCGGGUCGCCGCCCUCGUAUGCUCGCGCAACCGAUCCUCAGACCCGUCGCGUCCUAGACGAAAGGACAAGGAGAGAGAAAGAGGCGGUGCGCAGUAUCCAGUCACCCCCGCCCUACACCUGCACCGUCGAGAUGGAAGGACUUGUUGGCAUCAAGCAGGAACUAUCCUCGCCAUUCCAGGUCUCGGGACAUCGAGAAUGGCAUGAUGUCUACGCCAUACUUCGAGGCACGCAGUUGAGCAUACACCGCAUAAAGUACCCGCGUCUCCUCAGCAAGAACAAAGAGCCAUGCCCAGGUCGCUUGUUGCGAACCUAUUCCUUGCAGCAUGCUGAAGUUGGCGUGGCAUCUGAUUUCAAGAAGACGUUGCUGAUACCAAAGUCUCCUUUCGCCCACCUGGUGCCCGCUGUCGCUCGGCCUAAACUGUACGAAACGGAUCCACAGCUUUUCGAGCCUGUACGGGAACAUGCCAUCCGCCUGCGCCUGGAGUUUGAGCAGUUCUUGCUCUGUCCGUCGACCGAGCAAGGCAUGCUCGACUGGGUGGAAUUGUUUUGCGCCGCCAUCGACAUCAGUGCACCCCUAGAAGAUCGCAGCGAGCCCCGCUACAGAAGUCUUCCUCGAAGGGGCAGGCGUCAACGCAUUCUGGACAACGCGCAGUUCGGAGAAAACCUCGAGAGUCUGACAAGUCUAGAAGCCGGCCGACGCAUCAUUGCACAACAGGAGCAGAUUAUCCGCCAACUUUACCCACAUCUGGCUGGCACCCGCGAUUCGGGCAUCAGUCACGCAGCACCCGCGCCAGACUUAGAAUUCGACGACUUCGACCCCGAAGACGUUCGUUUCCCGACGCGGCAUGCGAGAGAAUCUCUAGCACGCAUAUCUUCGCACGAUUACGAGCAAGGCGAUGACGAGCGUCCUGAGAGUGACUCCUCGUCAGAUUCCAAAUCGGCACCCGCGAUCCGACCUUGCCCUGCGCAGACCCUGCGUUACCGCCGCCGUUGCGCUCCAGUGUUGCUUGCUUCUUCUCCACGUGUCAGCGACGUAGUCUUUGGAAAAGGCCAACGCUUCCGCAUUAGCGUCAAGGCGCACAUGCUCGUCGACUAUACCCCGCACCCACCCCGUUACGACGUGCAUGGUUUCGCGAGGUCCAAACGCUCUGCAAGGCUUACAACGAUCCACAGCUCACCAACAGCCACCGCAGACAAAACUGAAUCCGCUGCUGCCUCAUCAGAGAGACCCAGCUCGCCUAUUCGUGGUGUCAGUGAUGAUUCCAUCACCUCAAUCACUUUCGGCGAAGACCUAGGCCCUAUGCGCUCCAAGUCAAACAGCGAUGCUACAGGCCCAUCAGGCCCACCAUCGCCGUCUGGCAUGUCGCAAACAAAGAUGGAUACCGCGCGUCAACUGAAGACGUUAGGAAAGCGACGAGCGAGCGAGGACAGUCGCGAGACAGGCCUGAGCGCCGUCACAAUUGGUGCCGGCUUGAUGAUCUGA